AAGAGCCUGAAGAAUCACCUGAAACUGCCGGAGAUUCGCUAAAAUAGAAGAUAAAAGAAGCCAACUCUACGAAAUCUCAUCUUCUGUGGCCGAGAAGGUCAGCGGCAUUUAGAGAGGAUGGUUUUCUCUAAUGAAGAUGCGCAGUCAGGUGAGAGGAGGGCUCUCCGCUCUCAGGGGUUGCCCUCGCCGGCUCUUUGCUGCGCGUGUGGGCUCUGCAUCAUGCUGGCAGGCAUUAACAUCACCCUGGUGGGUGCUCUCGCUUUUACCAAACUCCUGCCCAUAAACAACCCUCCCAUCAUCAUCGGGCCCAUCCUCCUCUUAGUGGCCUUUUCAUUCUUUGGGGCGUGUUGCAUCUGCAGUCGGCGACCCAUCGGACAAAGCUCUCACAUUUCCGCCGGACGGGACCGUUGGCCGUUGAUGAGGAUGGGCGGAGCCGUGUUGGAGAUGGAGACCAGUGAGCCCACCCUACAGGACACCACAGCCAUUCAGCUCAGUCCAACAAACUCUCCAAGCUCCUCCCACCGCUGCAGCCCCACCCACCUUCCCGGAGCUCCGCCCCACUCUUAAGAAACCUAUGUGUCCUCAAAGGGAAAUAAUGUGAGUUUACAAAACCCCAUAGUAGAUGAUUCAUAUACUCAUAGUUUGGACAUCAAACUCUGUGAAUUUGCAAACGUCCACGGUCUUAAAAUGAGAUGUUUCUUAGUGUGCAUGAGCAGACAUGUGAGAGACCACUUUGGGAUGAAUUAUUUGAUGGAGGCGGUAAUGAAUUCAACUCACAGGGCCAGUCCGACCUUCGGAAGAAGACUUUGGUGGUGAAAUAAGAAAAGCAUAUCAUAAUUUCAUCAUCUCAGCCUCAGAAUAGUAUGAAAAGGAAGACUGGCUGAUAAAGGAUUAUUGCAGGAUCAAUUUGAAAGUAUUUGAGCCAGCGCUACCAUCCUUUCUGUCAAAUCAGAUCUGGCAAAUUGACUGUGAGCUUAAGUUUGUCCCUUAGAAAUCGUGAACAAUUUUGGCUGGUAAGAGAUGAAUUUAGUUCAUGCAGAAAAAGAUCAACCUUAUACUGCAAGAUUGCAGUGGAAAUACUUGAUUUUACUUAUUUACAUGAAUUCUCUGAUUUAUCAUGCAUGCAUGUAUUUUCCAUUUCCCCCUUUUGCAUGCAUAUCACGUAUACAAUACAAUUUUGAGUCUCUGUUAAAGAACAUUGUUAUCUGUGUGAUUGUGGAAUGUGUCUGAUUGUAUUGUUUUCGAAGAUAAAAUUGUUUAGUUGUACCUAUCGCAUUAUUAUUUAUUGAAAUAUGUAAUGAUGUAAACACUUGAAGCUAGAGAUGCACAGAUUUGACAUUUCUUGACAAUACUAAUAAGCUGCUAAUUAUUUUCAUGCUGUGGCCGCGCUAUAUUAUUUAGUCUAAAUAAAUGAAAAAUAAAACAAGCUAAUAUCAAAUGCUACAAGUGAAUUCAAGCAUCACAACACUAUAAUGUACAGUUUGAAAAAUGGAUAUUCAUUUUGAGAUUCGGUACAUUUAACGGUGUUAUUAAAGAUUAAGCAAGCAUUAACUGAUGGUAAAUGUAAUAUAACUGUACAAACAGAGAAAAUAAACGAACAAUUAAAGAUUCAUUAUUGACUGAUGUAAAAAAAAAAAAAAAAUUCUGUCAACUG